AUGCAACGUAUUGUUGAACCAAUCGAAAACGAAGAACUCUUUGCAUUCUGUGAUAGUGAAUUCGGAAUGGACGAUGAACUUCUAACGAAGAUAAUGUAUGAUGAACGAGGCAAUCCAUUUCAUUUUGAUCUUACAAGUGGUCGUGUUUGUCGGUUACAUGUUCUUCAUCGAAAUUCGAAUCGUAACUUUUUACUGAAAGGCGAUGCAAUUAUCUUCAAUUUUCAUCAUGCCCUUUUCGAUUUUCCUUCGAUGCUCGUAUUUCAACGUGAUCUUGAUCGUGCUUAUAAGACUGGUCAAUUAGAGUUGGAUGAUGAGAAUGAACUUCGCUAUCUAGACUAUUCCAUCACCGAAAGAGAAAUGCCUAUGUCAAUGGCUAAUGUUUUCUGGCUUGAAACUUUACGUGACUAUGCCAUUGAUCGACCAUUAUCACUACCAUUUGAUCGAUAUCGUGUAUCUAAUGAACAACGAACAGGACGUGGGAUAUCGGUCUCAUUCACUUUUGGUUCAGAUAUGUCAAGUGCUUUUCUUAAAUAUGCUAUGAUGAGCAAUACAACAUUUGAGCAAUUAUCAUUGGCUUGUUACUAUGCUUUCUUGUUCAAAUUGACGAAUGGAGAACGAGAUCUUUGUGUUGGAAUGAACAUUCAUGGAAGAUAUAGAAAUGAAUUGCAUCCAAUUAUUGGAAUGUUUGUCAAUGCAAUUCCAUUGCGUCUUCGACAUUUGAAUCCACAUGCUUCUUUUUCUCAUCUUGUUGAACAGGUGCGUGAAAUGUUAACACGCAAUAUAGAAAUGUCAUAUUUUCCUCUACAACUUAUUCUUGCUCAACAUCCAAAUACUGUGACAACACCUGCUUUUCUUGAUACAUCAUUUGAAUAUACAUCAACAGAACAUAGUAUUGAUCAAGAUCAAAUAUCGAUUGGAGAAGUAAUGUUAGCUGCUGUUCCAUACUCAAUACAAGUUGCAACUGACCAGAUUGUAAGCAAAUUCGACUUUUCACUUAGAUUUCAAUAUGAUAAAGCAACUGAACAGUUUUCCUAUCAAAUUGAUGCUUCUUUGGAUCUUUUUGAUAAAAAGACUGUACAAACAAUAGGUCAACGCUUUUAUAUCAUUCUUCAGCAACUAUUUUUACUUGAUAACUUCGAUAUUACACAUCAACCUAUUUAUGAAUUAUCAUUGUUAUUACCUGACGAAGUACGACAUAUUAAAUCAAUCAAUAACAUCACUCCACAAAUGAAUUUUGAAUCUUUGGGAUGUCUAAAAUACGAGUUUAUUCAACAAGCAUUCACUCAUCCACAAAAGAUCUCUGUUUGCCUCGAUGAACAAUCAUUAAGCUAUGCAGAGUUAUUUGCCCAAGUCUAUAAAGUAGCUGCUUAUCUGGGCAAGCGACAACAUCCAAAUGAAAUAAUUUGUCAAUGUGUCGAGCGAAGCAUAGAAAUGAUCAUUGGUCAAUUGGCAAUUGUUGUCUCAGGUGCCUGCUACUGUGCAUUAUCACCUGAUGAUCCUCCUGCACGUCUAGCAGCUCUCGUAACACAAACAAAAGCCAACAUUAUUCUUGUUCAUUCAGCGACAACAAAUCUUUUCACUACUACUACGAGUACUAAUCAACAUGUCAUCAACUUACAUCAUUGUCUUCUUGACAACAUCAACAAUAACGUUAUAGACACUGAUGACAAUGCCCUUCUAUGUCCAGUAUCCGCUGAUAAUUUAGCUUAG